CAAACAUUAUUUAGGAUGAAGCAAAAAUAAUCAAUUGUUUAAUAACAAUAUACUUUCUCUCGAAAAAAACGCAAUUAAAUUAAUUUUUGUUUUUUUUAGAAAAUGGAUUACCAACGGGAUUAUCAAACAAAUCGAUUCGAUGCGGGUACUUUUAUUAUUACAGCGAUUCUUUUAUUAGUUUUUGUAAUUAUGGUUGUGUGUUUUUUACGAGCGUUCAUACGAUUUUUACAAAAUCAUUAUGUUAGCAAAGAUCAUAUGCCAGAACGUUAUGAGUCAAAUAGUGGAAUCAAUGGGACUCCAAGAGAACGAAAGAUACCUCCAGUUGCACGUGGUUCAAAUACGUCCUUACAUUCAGUUCGAAGCUCACGACAAAAUGUGCAACCUGUACGACAAUAUUCGAAGUAUAAAAUAACUACAUCAAUUGAUACAGUCGAUCAAUCUUCAGCGUCUGAAGCUUUAUUACGAAAUGAUGGUAACUUCUUGAGUGCCAAUGAUGCUGUUAUUGUUCCAACUGCACGACCUCCAUCGUAUCAAGAGGCAAUGGCAUCGUCACGUGAAAAUUUAACAGAUUUGUGCGACGUAUUAAGUCGAAAAUAAAAUAUAGCGCAAAUAUUUAUUUAUGCACGUCUUAUCUAAUAUUCACAUACUGAAUAUUUAUUCACCCACCGUAAAAUGACUAAUUUAUUCAAUGCCGUAGGCGAAACAAAUUAAGUUUACAUUCGUUCUGGAAAAGUAGAAUUUGUUAUAAAGUACUUUUCUACUUCCCUUUAGCAGUGUAUGCGUGGAACAGCAUCAAUCAGCGUGAAAAAGUACGUAAUUCAAUUUGAUUAAAGGUUUGGCGAUGUGAGUAUGAAAUCUGCCUGAUCCAUUUUUUGGGCCGCUGACCGUUUGCAUACUCCAGGAAAAAUCUCUAACUACGCCAAUGUUCGUUAUUUUAACACUAGAUCUAUAUGAUAGUUUUAGUUUGCCUAGUUACCACUAGAAUGCGUAUUGUUUCGCCUCUGGCUGCUUCAAUAAUAAAAAAGCUUUUAUAGUACAGAGCAUAAAAGUUAGUUGCAUGAUGAUGCAAUCCUGUAUAUAUACACAAAAAAUUUCAAAGUAUUCCGUCCUCGUCGAUUCAAAAAAGAAUUUUGUAAUU